UCUGUGCAUACCAAAAACCAUUAACUCCCUUAUCUUCCUCUCUCUCUUCAUAAUUUUCCCAUGCUCAUACUACUAGCUAGAUUUGAUGCACCAUUAAUACUCCUAGUAGUUGUUUGGUAUUUGUUGUGAUGUUCAUAUUUCCAAUUUCAAUUUCUAUCUCUUUUAAGUGUAUUUUUACUAUUUUAUGUUACUAGCCUUCAUCAUUAGGUCAAACCCAAACCACUUUAGCUUCACAUCAACAACAUGGAGAUUGAAACUGCUACUGCAGGAGGUGGUGGUGGUGGUAGCUACAAAGAUGAGAGUGAGGUGGCAGCAUAUGGUGGUUUUGAUAGGGGCAGCUUCUUGGCAUGGGAAGAUCUGAGAGUGGUGAUUCCAAAUUUUGGGAAAGGACCAACUAAGAGGUUGCUUAAUGGGCUUAAUGGGUUUGCUGAGCCUGGUAGAAUCAUGGCUAUUAUGGGUCCUUCUGGCUCUGGAAAAUCCACAUUGCUGGAUUCUCUAGCAGGUAGACUCUCAAAGAAUGUUGUCAUGACAGGAAAUGUUCUUCUCAAUGGGAAGAAACAAACCCUGGGCUGUGGUUUUGUUGCUUAUGUAACUCAAGAGGAUGUGCUGCUGGGAACUCUCACAGUGAAGGAAACCAUAUCAUAUUCAGCGAAUCUUCGUCUUCCAACAUCAAUGACCAAAGAUGAAGUUAACAGCAUAGUAGAUGGAACACUCAUAGAAAUGGGUCUCCAAGACUGUGCUGAUAGAUUGAUUGGUAACUGGCACUUGAGAGGAAUAAGUGGAGGGGAGAAGAAAAGACUUAGCAUUGCACUUGAGAUCCUCACAAGGCCUCGCUUGCUAUUUCUUGAUGAACCAACCAGUGGCCUAGACAGUGCCUCAGCAUUUUUUGUUGUUCAGACUCUUAGAAAUGUUGCUCGUGAUGGAAGGACAGUUAUCUCUUCCAUUCACCAGCCAAGCAGUGAAGUUUUUGCACUCUUUGAUGACCUUUACUUGCUAUCUGGUGGAGAAACAGUUUAUUUUGGAGAAGCAAAAAUGGCAGUAGAGUUUUUUGCUGAAGCUGGUUUUCCUUGUCCACGAAAGAAAAAUCCUUCUGAUCACUUCCUACGAUGUAUCAAUUCUGACUUUGAUGUUGUAACAGCUGCACUUAAGGGAUCUCAAAGAAUUCCUGAUGUUCCAAAUUCAUCAGAUCCUUUCCUGAACUUGGCUACAGCAGAGAUUAAGGCGAGGCUAGUUGAAAAAUAUAGGCGUUCAACAUAUGCCAAAAGGGUCAAAAAAAGAAUUCAAGAACUAUCUACCAAUGAAGGGCUUGAAAUUGAGUCAAAAAAUGGAAGUCAAGCUACUUGGUGGAAGCAACUCUCCACAUUGACAAGGAGAUCAUUUGUCAACAUGAGUAGAGAUGUGGGUUACUACUGGUUGAGGAUUAUAAUUUACAUUAUUGUGUCUAUAUGUGUUGGAACCAUUUAUUUUGACAUUGGCUAUAGCUAUACUUCAAUCCUAGCCCGGGGUGCUUGUGGUGCAUUUAUAUCAGGAUUUAUGACAUUCAUGUCAAUUGGAGGCUUUCCAUCAUUUAUUGAAGAAAUGAAGGUUUUUUAUAGAGAACGGCUUAAUGGAUAUUAUGGAGUUGCAGCAUAUAUUCUAGCCAAUUUCCUUUCUUCUUUCCCAUUCUUGGUUGCUAUUGCUCUUACUACUAGCACCAUCACUUAUAACAUGGUGAAAUUCCGGCCAGGAUUGAGUCACUUUGUCUUUUUCACUCUCAACAUCUAUAGCUCCAUCUCAGUGAUUGAGAGCCUCAUGAUGGUUGUGGCUUCACUUGUUCCAAAUUUCCUCAUGGGAAUUAUUACAGGGGCUGGAAUCAUUGGAAUCAUGAUGAUGACCUCUGGAUUCUUCAGGUUGCUGUCUGAUCUUCCAAAACCGGUUUGGCGCUACCCAAUUUCAUAUAUCAGUUAUGGUGCAUGGGCAAUACAGGGUUCCUACAAGAAUGACUUGCUGGGUCUUGAGUUUGAUCCUCUGAUACCAGGUGACCCAAGAUUGACUGGAGAAUAUGUAAUCACACACAUGUUGGGCAUUGAAUUAAAACAUUCCAAGUGGAUGGACCUAGCAGCUCUAUUCAUCAUUCUUGCAUGUUAUAGACUUCUGUUCUUCGCUAUUCUCAAGUUCAAGGAAAGAGCAUCUCCAUUAUUUCAGUCACUUUAUGCCAAGAGAACCAUUCAACAGCUUGAAAAAAGACCCUCGUUCAGAAAGAUGCCAUCUUUUCCUUCCCAAAGGCAUCAACCCCUCUACUCACUGUCUUCUCAAGAGGGUCUUGAUUCUCCACUCAACUAGCUGGGUUUUAAAUUGCGGUCAAAUGCGGCUGCAGACAGCAUUUUAAAACUUGCACCACAAACAAACUUGCACCACAAACCAGUUAUAUUUAAUUUGAUUAGUUUCUUCUGGUUUUUUCAGAUUAGUUGCUGUUAUCUGGUUAACAUACAAAAUUGCAUUUGUUUUGUUACUUUAUGUAUAUAGGAAACGUUUCAUGAUCGUUCCAAUGAAGGUACACAAUUGGGACAUUGGGCUACAUUUUUUUUUAAAUUAAAAUUUCUAAAGUGGAAUAAGUUAUUGUACCAAUGGAGGUCUCCUUCAUUGUCCAUUUGUCCUAGCCUGAUGAUUAUAUACUAUGAAUAUCAGGUUGACACUUUGUUGUGAA